GUAAACGUUCAGCGGACAGCGAACACUGCAGUGCAGCAGCCAACCAGCUCACAGCUAGCGAGUCCGACUACUCUCAGAGAAAUAUGGAUAUAAUAACAUUAGAAACCAACCGCUGUCAGAGAGACCCCCUCCAGAUGGGCCCGUAAACAUGUCCACGGAUGACAGUAUCUCCGAGGACGUGUCCAGCUCGGGGGCUCUGAGCCACUGCCACGCCAGCGCCGACGGAGAUGGAGGAAAGGAGAGCGAGACCUCCCUGGUGUCCUCCGAGGGGACGUCAGCCUCGGGCCUGGCCGUCCUGGAGGAGAGGCACACAGUCUCCCAAACUACGGGAGGCGCCGUGGAGAGCAGGCAUGUGGACAUCACACCGGCGUGCAACAGGAUCAGGAACCUCUGUCUGAGCACAGAUGAAGCAUUUGAGCAUGGGAAGACGCUGCCGUUCAUCAACCCGAGCUCCCUGGAGACCCUGAGGGCCUUGGUGCAGGAGAUUCAGAGCAGCGGAGAAACAGACCCAGAGAUCUGGAAGGACUGUGAGGGUCGAUGGUUGCAUUUGUUUCAGCUGGUUGAAAAGCAAUACCAAGAGCAAAUACUUGCUCAGCAAGAACAAUAUCAGUGCCAAAUACAGUUGAUUCAGGAUGAGAUUAAGGCCCUGGUUCAGCUCCAGAACCGCCAGACCAGCAGCGGUCAGCCGCAGACGGAGUUCCCCUCCAUCACCAAAACGUCCCCAGAUGCUAAAGACUGCAUCUUCUCCAUCAUCUCCAGUGAACGCCCGCUUCCCAAAAACGUGCCAAGUGACAACGAGAGCCUGGGAGCCCCCAUCCUCACACCCUUCAGCACCCCGUCCCCUCCGCCUCCCGGGCUGGAGACCGCCAACCAGGGAGAGGAGCGGACCACCACGGUGCUCAGCAGCGGCUAUGGAACGCUGUGGGAGACUGGCUUCGAACCCGGGGUGACUCCUGAUGAAGACGGGGAGGACGGCGACGCCGGGCGGAAGCACAGGUGGACCAGCAUCCUCCAGGAAGACAUGCAGACGACUCUGGCAGAGUACCAGCAGGACUUCUCCAGUGAGCGGCCCAACGCCGUCAAUGAACCUAUUCCAUCUGUGUACCAGCAGAAAACGUCCAGCAGCAGCCAGCAGCUGACCUCCUGGGCCCAGAGGCAGAAACUCAGAGCCAGGAAGACAAAGGCAGGAAUCGGCACAGCACAAACCUCAGACUACCAGGAGUUACCUCACAGCAAGCAGAGUCUGCUGGAGAAACCAGAUUCUCACGACCAGCAUCGAUCGGCCGGGCUGUCAUCCAGCUCUUUCCCUCUGCGGCGCAGUGACAGCCUGAUGUCAGAGGCUUCAGGUCUGACUUACUGGCGUCUGAACGAAUGCGAUCUGUAUCGGCCCCUUCCGGACAGCUUUGACAGCGGAGCGUAUCUCCUUCUGCAAGAGGCUUCCAUGAGUCUUCAAACUCCAUCCCAGGAGCCGCGGCUGUCCCUCAGAGAAAUCUACCAGAACAAACAUAAAGACUGUAAACAAACCGACUGGGAAGGUUCUGUCACAUCCAGCCCUCUGUCACCACAGGUGCUGACGUUGGAUCCGGCAGCCGGCACGCAGCAGUCGGAUCGAACAUCUGGCUUCACUUCACCUUCUCACUUCAGCAGCCCGUCGUUUGCCCCUCCGCCACACCCCUACCCCAGACUGGGGACCUCUAUGACCCCCGACAGCAUGGCGGAGGGCAGCCCCCGUCCUGGAGACACCGACUGCGUCUCUGACGUGUCCAGCGCUUCAGCUGUUGGACAACCUCCAGCUAAGACUCAAAGUUCUCAAGGGAAUCCGUCACUGGCGGUCAGAGAAAGCAGCCAGCAGCGCAGGGCGAGUGCACCGUUAGCCAGCGAGGAAGAGGGGAGCCGCACCUACACCAGCACCCUGAAGCCCGGCGCCGCCCCUGGAGGCGGGCAACCGCCGUCAGCCAGUCCGCACAUGGACAGAGCUUCGUCCCUGGAGGACCCCGUCGUCCUGUCUCUACUGCGGCAGAACCUCAGAGAGAAACACUCGCGACACAUCGCUGAUCUGAAGGCCUACUACGAGUCUGAGAUCCAGAUCCUGCGAGACAAACUCAAACUCCGAGAUCUGCCUCAGGAUCUAGAGAAGAGCAAUCAGGCCCUGACAGAGAGGUGCAAACAUCUAGAAAAAGCUCUGGCUGAGGCAACAGGUCGCAUCCAGGAACUGGAGGCAACAAACAUGUUGCUGGAGAAACACCUGGCCGAAUGGCCGGAGCGCUACGCCGUGGCCGGAGCCGCCGUGAACUCCCUGCAGCAGCGGCUGGAAGAGAGCAAACGCUCAGCCAAAGAGAAAGACAGCCUGGCAGCUCGCUUAAAGAGCCGCGUGCGUCAGCUGGAGGAGGCGGCGCAGAAAGCCUGCAGGGAGGCAGACGACAAGGAGGCCAGGAGGGAGAGGGAGUACAAGAUGCUGCAGGAUCUACUGAAGGAAUACGACUCUCUGAUGAAGGAACACGAAGCAGCAAAGAACAACCUGGUGUCAGCAGAGAGCAAGCUAGUCGAUGCAAACGAUCAGAUAUCUGAGCUGAAGAGAGUCAUCUCAAAGCUGGAGUCCCAGGUGAUGCAGCUGGAGCACGAGAACCAGGCCCGGGUCCGCUACGCCCCCCACAGUAACGCCCAGCCUUCAGGGGCAGGUCUCUUCCACCAUCCCGACUUGCUGCUGUCACCCAGCAAAGGUAAAGUAGAGCCGGACGUCACCUGGAGGAGGUCUGACCAACCGAACGGCGGCAGAAACUCCCAGCUAACUCAGACCAGCCAAUCAAACGCUCACAAGCGAUCUCCCUACCCGAUAAACGACAUGUCGUCUGUGGACGUCUCUUCCUCUGGCGGCAGCUGGAGGUGUGCGUCUCCACCUGAGUGUGAGCAGACUCUGCCUCAGAGCAGACAGCAGGAGCAGAGCGCCGGGCGGAGAGACGGCUCCAGCCCCCUGACGCCCAUGAUGAGGGCCCUGAUCGAGCUGGAGGAGACCAGAGCCACGGAGACCCGGGCCCCCUGGGUCGGCCAUCAGAGGGCCACCGUUGGGUUUGUGGAGCGGAAACACAAAGAUCCGGUCCGGAACCGACCUGACCUGGUACUGGACGAGACGGAGGCCGCGAAACCAGGAGGAGCGGCAGCUAUGGGGGCCGACGGUGGGGCCCUGAGAAGUCGCGGUGCAACAGACAGGACUGCAGCCCUGCUGAGGGCUCAGAGGAGUCUGUCCCCCGAGGGCCACCGGUCCUCCUCACUGCCACCUGCAGCUCACAGAAACAUCCCUACUGCUACUCCAACCAAGAGGGAGACGUUACUCACGCCCCUGUCUGCCAUGUCCAGCCCUAAACGCUGCCCCACGGAGAACUACUCCACUGCUUUUGGCCACUUGAUGCCGAGAGAGGAGCACCUGCUCCAAAGCGACGGACACGCUGACAGGAGACGGCAUUCGUUCCACAGCAGCAGUCCCAGGAAGAGACUCCACUUCACAUCAGCAGAAGAGAAAGAGCGCCAGGAGCCGGAGCCCUGGGGCCGCAUGGAACCACUGGACAACAGCACCCAGCUGGGCUGGGAGCAGCAGAGGGACGGCGGCGGCCCCGAGCAGCCGGACCCCUCAGAGGACCCGGCUCUGCUGGCCCUGGACAGAACCCAGUCACUGACUGAGGCCGAAAGACUGUUUGAUGAGCUGACGCAGGAGAAACUGCAGAUUGAGGCAGCUCUGAGCAGGAUGCCUGGAGCAGGUGGCAGAGUGAGCCUGCAGACCCGAUUAGAUGAGGUGGCCUUAGAGAAUCGUCUGGAGAGACUGAACCGCGAGCUGGGCUCCAUCCGGAUGACUCUGAAGCGAUUCCAUGUCCUCCGUUCUUCUGCCCACACAUAGCGACCUCUGACCUCUGCCACAGCUCGGUGUCUCGACUCGACAAACGGCACUGAUUGUCUUCUGAAGAAUCGCCUUGCCAUGAUCUCACCUGUACAUCGAACACGCUCACCAUGUUUUUAUACGUAUGAUCGAACAUUACUCUGGGAUAUUUUUUUACGCGUCGGGAAAAUAUCGGAGCUUUUUUUGGAAUAUAUUUUUUAGUACAGCACAGAUUUGUAAAGUCAUUUACUUUUUUAGUCACGAGAAAAAAGUAAUAAUGUGAUGUUUUACCACAAUGAAGAAGAGAUUUUAAAAUUAGCUUGAGUUUAAGAUGUGAAGACACAUUCACAAGACAUUCAUGCACGAAACAUCACUGCCUUUUUUUUAUUAUUGAUAAUUGUACAAUUAUUUGACAUUACAUUCAUGGUUUUACAUAUCAGUUGUUUUUUUUCUUAAUUGUCUGUACAUUUCGCUUUGGGCCAAACUUUUUGAACUUGAAGGAAAUAUGUGUUUACUUGAAUGAAAAAACUUUAUUUUCAUUGGUUUAUUUCCUGAAUGACUUCAUUUCUGCAGCAGCAGAUCAACCAGUCAGUCAAACCAGCAUCCAACCUUUUCACUGAGUCUCCAUCUGUUUCCACUGUGUAUGGAGUCCUUGCACUGUUUCCUUUCCUCCAUGUCGAUUUCCUACAAUGACAUGUUUCCAAUGGACCUGCAAUGCUACUGCACAAUAAACUUCUUUUAUAGAAGUAGA